GUGACUUUUUUCACUGUCUGAUUCAUGUCGCGUGAUUUCUGAUGAUAGUUCUCGAUUAUAUCGACUGAUUGGUUGUGUAUGGGGUGGGCCCGUAACCUGAACGUAAACCUUCUCAAACCGAACAGCGUCUGUGAAGCUGCAGUACCGCCAGUCCCCUCGGUGUACAUGGGAUGGCGUGCUUUCCAACCGGAACCCUGGCCUCUUGCGUUUUCACUCAUGCUACACAGAAAUGGCGGAGAAUACAGUGACGGUCACUGUUGCUUACGGUUCUACGAAGCACAGCAUCACGGUAACGGGGCCGGACGGGAACGAACCGAUACUGAAGGACCUUUCUGAUGCUCUGGUUCAGGUUACCGGGGUCCCGAUGCCUGCACAGAAACUCAUCUUUAAAGGGAAGUCACUGAAGGAGAUGGAGGAGAGUCUGUCCAGCUUUGGAAUCAAACAGGGAUGUAAACUCAUGAUGAUUGGAAAAAGGAACAGCCCAGAGGAGGAGUCUGAGCUGAAGAAGUUGAAGGACAUUGAGAAGUCAGUAGAACAGACGGCUAAGAAACUGGAGAAGGUGGAUGGAGAGCUGACAGGCCUGAAGAAUGGGUUCCUAGCUAAAGACCUGCAGGCUGAGGCGCUGGGGAGACUGGACCAAAGAGUGAAGGUGGCAUCUGAACAGUUCAUGAAGAUUCUAGAGCAGGUGGACUCUAUGACUUUACCAGAGAACUUUGGUGACUGUCGGAUGAAGAAAAAGGGGCUAGUAAAAACAGUUCAGGGAUUCCUGGCUCAGUGUGACAAGAUAGAAGCAGGGAUUUUAGACCACUUGGCUAAGAUCCAGUCUAAGAACCUGGCCCUGGCAGAUUCUUAGAUCUACUAGUUCACAGAGAUCUACUGGGUCACCAUCUGGGAUCUGCCGUCAUGUCCAUCUCUCUGCUGCUCCACAUCUCUGUCCCUGCCCUGGUCUCCACGCUGCUCCACAUCUCUGUCCCUGCCCUGGUAUCCAUGCUGCUCCACAUCUCUGUCCCUGCCCUGGUCUCCAUGCUGUUCCACUUCUCUGUCCCUGCCCUGGUCUCCACGCUGUUCCACUUCUCUGUCCCUGUCCUGGUCUCCACUGAGUCACCAUCUGGGAUCUGGGGAAAUCCAUUUGAUUUCGAUGACCUUUUGAUAUCAUCCCUUUCGAUUUGAACAAAACCUUCCAUUCGUACUCACCCAUUGUAGAAGUGGUCAGAAAGUGACUUUCGGGACCUGAAUGCCAAAACAUCGAAGACAUAAAGGUGCUCAAAGUUGACCUAUUAGAAUGUAUGACACCCUUUCUGUAUUCAAGAGCAUGUUGUGUCUCAACCGAUGGAGGGCACAACACAACCUCAGAUGAUGUGAAAUAGGGCCUAAGCUACAAAAUGCAGAUAUGAAAAAGAGUUUACACUUUGUUAGAUAAUUUAUGUUAAAGCAUUAAAUAAUGUCCACAUUUUUUUUUAUUUUUUUAAAUGCAAUAAAUUAUUAAAUCGUAUGACAACCCUGUUUGUAAGCUCUUAAAUUAUAUCAAUCUCAACCAUACAUCUUUUCCAGUGAUGUCUCAUGGUAUGGUGGGGUAUGCAAUACGGGUCGACUUUGAGGACCUUUAUCUCCUGAAUAUUUUGGCAUUCAGGUCCCAAACGUCACUACCUGACCUCUUCUUCCAUGGGCGGAACGUUGUGUUUAAAUCAAAAGGGCUGUCAAAAAGUGAUUGGCCUGGAGCAGCUCGAGGACACCUCUAGUGGAGUCAUCUCUCUCCAGGCCUGGAGCAGCUCCAGGACACCUCUAGUGGAGUCAUCUCUCUCCAGGCUUGGAGCAGCUCCAGGACACCUCUAGUGGAGUCAUCUCUCUCCAGGCCUGGAGCAGCUCCAGGACACCUCUAGUGGAGUCAUCUCUCUCCAGGCCUGGAGCAGCUCGAGGACACCUCUAGUGGAGUCAUCUCUCUCCAGGCCUGGAGCAGCUCGAGGACACCUCUAGUGGAGUCAUCUCUCUCCAGGCCUGGAGCAGCUCCAGGACACCUCUAGUGGAGUCAUCUCUCUCCAGGCCUGGAGCAGCUCGAGGACACCUCUAGUGGAACCCUAUUCCAACGUAGUGCUUUAGUUUGGGACAGAGACCUAUGUGGGAGCCCUAUCAGGCCAAAGCAAGGACACUAAAUAAGGAAAAGUGACAUUUAUGAGCUUUUCUAAUGUAUUUAUUUAGCAUGGCAACAUGCAGCAGAGUACCCUUAUAAUGACUGAGCCCUCCGUGUGUGUGCUGGGGUAGAGAAGACAACACUGACUGUUGUAGCCUCUUAACAAUAUCCCCUGCCUUUGGUCCUCAGGGACUUAAGAAAAGGGUGCUGUGUAUGUAGGAUAUUUUAACUAAGUAAAAUAACCAAAAUGAAAUAAUCCUUCAGACUUUGAAAAUGUGUGGUGUUUGCUGAUACGUGUUGCUAUUACAAAGAGAUAUUGAGCUGGUGACUGAUUCUGUACUGCUUUCUAGUGACAGGAUGUGAUGUCACUAAUGGUCAGUCUGACCAGUGACAGGAUGUGAUGUCACUAAUGGUCAGUCUGACCAGUGACAGGAUGUGAUGUCACUAAUGGUCAGUCUGACCAGUGACAGGAUGUGAUGUUACUAAUGGUCAGUCUGACCAGUGACAGGAUGUGAUGUCACUAAUGGUCAGUCUGACCAGUGACCGGAUGUGAUGUCACUAAUGGUCAGUCUGACCAGUGACAGGAUGUGAUGUCACUAAUGGUCAGUCUGACCAGUGACAGGAUGUGAUGUUACUAAUGAUCAGUCUGACCAGUGACAGGAUGUAAUGCUGACUGCCUAGUGGAACCAUGUUAUAGUGUGUCUUUUCAGAUAAAAAGCUGUUGUGAUU